GUCACCAGUUCUUCUUCCAUGUCCGAGUCCCCAAUUUUCUAGAGAGAGUGGUGUAGAGAGAGAGAGAGUGGCCAUGUUAGGUGUAUUUAGUAGCUCGAUCGUAGAGCCGCCGGAGGAGCUGGUGGCGGCGGGAUGCAGGACUCCGUCUCCGAAGAUCACGGCGGCGGCGCUGGUGAAGCGGUUUCUCGCCGGUAACCCAUCGGCGGUGUCGACACAGGUCGGAGAUCAUGUCCAAUUGGCCUACACUCACCAUAACCAGUCUCCUUUACACCCCAGAUCAUUUGGAGUGAAGGAUGAGAUAUUCUGCUUAUUUGAAGGAGCACUAGACAACUUGGGAAGCCUAAAGCAACAGUAUGGACUACCAGGGAAGUCAGCAAAUGAGGAGGUUUUAGUGAUUGAGGCUUACAAGACACUUCGUGACAGGGCACCUUAUCCACCUAACCAUGUUGUGGGCCACCUUCUUGGCAACUUUGCCUUCAUUGUCUUUGAUAACUCCACCUCUACCUUGUUUGUGGCCACUGAUCAAUUUGGUAAAGUGCCUCUGUAUUGGGGAAUCACUGCUGAUGGGUAUGUGGCUUUUGCUGAUGAUGCUGAUUUGCUUAAAGGUGCUUGUGGCAAGUCACUUGCUUCUUUCCCUCAAGGAUGUUUCUACUCCACAGCUGUUGGAGAGCUGAGAAGCUAUGAGCAUCCCAAGAAUAAGAUCACUGCUGUUCCUGCUACCGAGGAAGAGAUUUGGGGUGCAAAAUUCAUGGUGGAAGGGCCAACGGUGUUUGCAGCCACAAAGUAGAAGAUCAUCUCUUUCCCAAUUUUCAUCUUGAAGAGGGGCAAACACAUGGUUGUGAAAUGGAAGGCACAUGAGUUUGGUCCAUGUUAAUAAGUGAAUGAGAGUUUGGUUGCUCGCUAUUACUAGAAUGAACAAGUGGAAGAGUGGGCUUAUGUCGGCUGAGAAUCUUUUGUCUUACUCACCCGUUUCAAAUAUCUUUUCUACUAUAAGAUUGAUUUCUUUGACUUGAUCCUGUAGUAGAGAUAAGUUUGGAGCAGAGGGACAAAAAUAAGUGGGGACAGAAGAUUUGAUUCGGCUUGUGCCUUGUAACAAUAUUUCCAUUAUUGUUUGUUCGCUUGCUUUUUAUUGUGUAGGUUCAAUCACUGUAUAACAACUUUUUUUUUAGUUUUAUGAAAUUUGGAUCAUAUAUAGUUUGAAUCAAUCACCUUCCAAUUUAAUUUUCA